ACCCCUCUACAGUUUACUGCUCCGCUGGAGGCUGAACAUUUCAUUAUUGAGUGUGGAGUGCAGUUGACCUCUGGCUGCCCGGACUCUGUGCCUCUGUCUCUUGUGCUAUCACCUUCCCAUUGUCCCCAUUCCCACUACAGCAUUUUCUCCCAGUCUAUUCACAUUGUUUUUCACUCGCCACAAACUGCAAUGCGAGAAUGCACGUAUUGAUGGACCAUCACCAUCAGGAACUUCGCUUCUAUCCUCUCGUCCCAAUAUACGUAGCUGCUGCUCGAUAAGAGUCGGAUCAGAUUAGGUCGUGCCAAGAUUGGGAUAUAGAUAGAUGAGCUAGAUCCAGCAAGAUUCUGCACUACCUCAAAAAGGCGCAGAGAUUAAACUUCGUGACUGUUCUGCUUUAGAUAAAGCUUUGGCCUGAGUUUCCAUCUUCUUCACUCGGUUGCUGGAGAUCCUCUACCCUCUCCUGAUCAACUUGCACUUUCUGAAGUGGGCAGUGCUGUUCCUGACUCAGAAGAGGACACCUGAAUUCCAAGGAUUGCUACCUGAUCAACUUCUCAAGUACCAAAGAGAACACAACAAGGUUUGCCCAGGAAAUGUCAACUGUAGUAGGCAGUGCUGUUCCUCAUCCCGAGGAGGACAUUUGGAUUUGCAAGGAGUGCAAUUGGACAUACCCAAAUCACCACCCCAGUGCUAAGCACAGAAGGAAUCAUAAGAAGGUUUGCCCAGGAAAGGUCGCAGCAGCUGCUCCCGCUCCUGGCGGUUCUUCAGAUGAUGACUCUGGUGAUGAGGCGCAUCCGUCUCCAGCUGAGGCCACUAAGCAUGAAUUAGUGAACGGCUCGGUUUCUCGGGAGUUUGACUUAGGAUCUCUGGCUAAGGCACCAACUUCUCCGACUUCUGUUAUUGAGACUCCCGUCGAAAUAACGCCAGCCGUAGUGAAGGAUGCUCUUCCAACCAAGCAGGUUGAGGACGAUAAUCAUAGUUCUAAGACCGCACCUACUCCUGCAACACCCGCAGUUGGCAGUGCCGUUCCUCAUCCCGAUGAGGAUAUCUGGAUUUGCAAGGAGUGCAAGUGGACAUACCCAAACCACCACCCCAGUGCUAAGCACAGAAGGAACCAUAAGAAGGUUUGCCCAGGAAAGGUCGCAGCAGCUGCUCCCGCUCCUGGCGGUUCUUCAGACGAUGACUCUGGCGAUGAGAAGCAUCCGUCUCCAGCUGAAGCCACCACGCAUGAAUCAGCAAAGGGCUUGGUCUCUCGAGAGUUCGACAUAGGAUCUCUGGCCAAGGACCCAUUACCGUCGGAGGCAAAGGGUGAGCCCGUAGAAAAAGUUGUCGAGACUCCUAGAGCUGAAGUCCCUGUCCAAGAGAGCAAAAUUUCUCCCAGCGCGGUGAUUGAGACUCCCGUGAGUGCUCCAGUGACUCCUGCUCCUGAAUCCAAGAAGGUUGAGAAGGAAGAAACCCAGACUUCAAAGCCCUCCGCUGCUCUCGCAUCCCUCAAAGUGGGUAGUGCCGUUCCUCACCCCGAUGACGAUAUCUGGAUUUGCAAGGAAUGCAAGUGGACAUACCCAAACCACCAUCCGAGUGCUAAGCACAGAAGGAAUCAUAAGAAGGUCUGCCCAGGAAAGGUCGCAGCAGCUGCUCCCGCUCCUGGCGGUUCUUCAGAUGACGACUCUGGCGAUGAGAACCACCCGGCUCCAGCUGAAGCCACCAAGCACGAAUUAGUGAAGGGCUCUGUAUCUCGGGAGUUCGACCUAGGAUCUUUGGCCAAGGAACCAACUCCAUCGGAGACGAAGAGUGAGCCCGUAGAAAGUGUUGCUGAGAUUCCUAAGGCCGAAGUCCCUGCUCAAGAGAGCAAAGUUUCUCCUAGCGCGGUGAUUGAGACUCCCGUCGAAAUUACUCCAGACGUCACGGAGGUUAACAAGGCCUUAUCAGAAGCUCCGGACGUGAAAUCCGAGAAAGAGACAAGUGCUUCAGUGACUCCUGCUCCUGAAUCCAAGAAGGUUGAGAAGGAAGAGACCCAGAUUUCAAAGCCCUCAGCUGCUCCCGCAAAACCCACAGUGAGCAGUGCUGCUCCUCACCCCGAGGAUGAUAUCUGGAUUUGCAAGGAGUGCAAGUGGACAUACCCAAACCACCACCCUAGUGCUAAGCACAGAAGGAACCACAAGAAAGUUUGCCCAGGAAAGACGGCUGCAGCUGCCCCCGCUCCUGGUGGCUCUUCAGAUGAUGACUCUGGUGAUGAGCAGCAUUCGUCUCGAGGUGAAGCCAUCAAUCCUGCAGCGAACGGCUCGGUCUCUCGGGAAUUCGAUUUAGGAUCUCUGGCCAAAGAACCGGUUUCAGUGGAGGCAAAAAGUGAUUCCUCCGAAAAAGGACUUGAGCCUCCCAGAGUAGAAGCCUCUGCCGAAGACACAGCAUCCGUCGGAACAAUUCCACCCGUAUCGAAGGAUGAAAAGCCCACGGAAGCAGCUGUUGAAGUGAAAACCGAGAAGGAGACUGGUGCAUCAGUGACUCUUGAUGUUGCAUCCAAGAAGGUUGACAAGGAGGAGCCCCAGAAUUUGAAGACCUCAGCUGCCCCGGCAACACCAGCAGUGGGCAGUGCCGUUCCCCACCCUGAGGACGAUAUCUGGAUUUGCAAGGAGUGCAAGUGGACAUACCCAAAUCACCACCCUAGUGCUAAGCACAGAAGGAAUCAUAAGAAGGUUUGCCCAGGAAAGGUCGCAGCAGCUGCUCCCGCUCCUGGCGGCUCUUCAGAUGAUGACUCUGGUGACGAGAAGAAUCCGUCUCCAGUUGAGGUUACUAAACAUGAAUUAGUGAACGGCUCGGUUUCUCGAGAGUUUGACUUAGGAUCUCUGGUCAAGGAAGCAGUGCCAUCGGAGGCAAAGGGAGAGAUCCCCGCGCAAGUCGGUGAGGAUCCCAAAGCUGAAGCCUGUGCCCAGGAGAGCAAGGUUUCUCCGUCUGUGGUUGUUGAGAAUCCCGUCGAAACAACACCAAUCGUAGCGAAGAAUGACAAGCCUGUGGAAUCCGCUGCGAAAGUAGAACACGAAGAGGAUACUAGUGCUUCAGGGACCCCUGCUCCUGAAGCAAAGAUGGUCGAGAAGGAGCCCCAAAAGUCAGAGCCCAUAGUUGCUGCUUCAGCACCCACAGCUGGCAGUGCUGUGCCACAUGAUGACGGAGACACGUGGAGAUGUCGGGAGUGCGAUUGGACAUACCCAAAUGCGCAUCCGAGUGCAAAGCACAGGAGGAAUCACAAGAAGAACUGCGCUGGAAAAUUGAAGGUCGCCGCUACAGCUCCUGCCCAUGUAGGUUCUUCCGAUGAAGACUCUGACCACGAGUCUCACUCGAGUCCUCCGCCGCCAGCCAAAGAGCAGACUGCAGCUGUCGAAGCUACUGAGCCAGUUGCGUCUGUCUCCCGAGAUUUCCACCUACCAACAGCAGAGCCGACGAAAGAAACAAAAGUGGAAGAACCCAAAGUCGAAGCACCUGUCGCCUCCCACCCAGGGCCGGAGGAAGCAAAGGACGUAGCCGCUGUCCUUGAAUCACCUUCUGCUGUUCCAGCUCUCCCUCCGAAAGUUGUCUCCAGUGCUACUCCGCAUCCCGAGGAUCCGAACGACAUUUGGAUCUGUAAAGAAUGUAAAUGGACAUAUCCCAAUGCCCACCCAAGUGCAAAGCACAGGAGGAACCACAAAAAGCAUUGUCCAGGGAAAGCUGCAGGUGCUUCUCGUGCACCAGGAGGAUCGUCUGAUGAAGAUUCUGACGAUGCAGCCUCAGCCACAGGUGGGAAAUCACAUGUUAAAUGAACUCUAGAACCGAUUCUAAUCACUCCUCUGGGAUGUGGAGAGUAGUCGGAGCUUUCAGGCUCUGUGAUAACUCUCCAAUUUCACCUCGAAGGAAUUUCUUUCAAUCACACUUAACUUGAAAAGCGUUUGACCCAGAGAUGAGUUAUGGGUCGUGAUCAUCGGGUUUUAUUUUUCUUCCUUUAUUCUUGGGCAGGUAAGACUCCUUCUGCAGCAUUGGAAAAUGCACCUGUGGAGACACCUGUCGUGAGAGAAAGGGAGUUUAUGCCGCUGCUCGGUGCACACUCCCGUGACAAGGUUGUUGAAGUUGUUGAAGUUGAGGCGCCAAAGGUUGAUCCUCCUGUACAGAGUGAACCUUCAGCCAAAGAAAGUGUAGGGACCACUGCCGAAAGGAGCAGUAAACCGGAAGCUGGGGAACAGGGAGAGCUGAAGACUGUACCUGCCGGUGUCCCGAAGGCACCUCAUGAUCCCACUGACAUCUGGGUUUGCCAGCAAUGUGGGUGGACGUACCCAAACGCUCAUCCCAGCGCCAAGCACAGGAGAAAUCACAAGAAGGUUUGCAAGAAGGGCCCUAAGAUACAGAAGGUUUCGUCCAAAGGAGGCUCUUCGAGUGAUGCUUCUUCAGAUGAUGAGGUCGGUGCCUUGGGGAUGAAAAAGUGUUUCCCUUGUCUGUCCUGAUCAUAUUACUCCAAGUAGUAAAGUAAUUUGUAAUGUCCCUCAGAUUCUCUAUGUAACUUCAAGUCCUAUGAAGACAAUUGUGCUUCAACACCA